UUGAGAUUGAGCAGCGAAGCGUUCGCAGCUCUGCAUUAUAUUACUGACUAUUCAAAGGCGCGCGCCGAGAACACCAUGUAUCCCGAUUUGGAACGACUUGGAGAGGGGGUGUCCAUGCCUUUCAUGUGGUGAAGGAGAAAACACUUCAUUUACACUUCAUUUACCCAGGAAUAGACGUAGAGGAAGGCAGCCCUUCUGAAGUGGAGUGCUUCGUUUUGAAACACAGUAGAGGCGACGGUGGGUGUUCUCCAGUAUACAGUUACGAUCAGCCAUCGAAACUUCUGCUUCGAUCAUCUGUUUUCAAUAAGGAUUGCUUCUGAACUGAAAACGUAAUUAACCAUAUAAGGCUGGAGAUGUCACAGUUGAAAUGUUACUGUAGGAAAGAAAGUGGAGACCUUGUUGUGCGCAUUCUGGUUUAUCCCAAAGAAAGCAAGUAGCCUAUAUGGUUACGCGCACGUUGUGCUUUGUGAGAAGAGGAUUUCAACCAAACGAAAAUGGCCCGGAUUAUUCUUUGCGCUUUGACAUUAGUUUUGGCUGACUUUAAUUAAACAUAACUGUAGGUUAUAACUAACUGAACAUCCGUGGAAUUGACCCCACAGUCCAAAUGAUGGAAUGGCUCGUUGCUUUGUGUAUUGGGAUUCUGGUGGCCGUCAUUUGGUCAGCUUCGAAAUAUUUUGGUACCCAGGGCGAGCCAGACGCACUCCUCCAGGGGCUCGGAAUUUCACGGCGGCAGACGAAGGAGAUGGUCUCAGAGAGGUGCGUCUCAAACCGGGGGGUCCCGGUGGACGGUGCUAAUGCCCAGACAUCCGACAGGGCAGGUGAGAAUAAAGUCUCCGAUGUUGCGCUGAUAUGCAAACCCUCGGCGCUGGCCAACUAUCUCUUCAAACACUGCAGGACUUUCAGCAAUUUCAUAGCGUGCACUGGAUGGACUUGGCGGGCGAGUGCGUUUCUUCAGACAGUUUACGGCGCGUGCUGGCCGUACGAGAGCCCGGCGUAUUUCGUGCGAGACUACCUGCAGUUGAGCGACGACGGUCUGGUGGCGCUGGACUGGGCAGUGUCGAUGGCCGGUGCGUCGUACCAGAAACGGAGGAGAACCUCGAGUAAUUCCACGAGCCCAAUCCUCCUCAUCAUACCCAACUCUUUUGGGAAAAUCACUAGAAAUGUGCUGAAGCUCUGUGAGGUGGCGUUGUCCCACGGCUACCUCCCUGUGGUGUUUAACCGGCGCAGCCACAACGCCACCCCACUCAGCACCGUCAAGCUGCAGCAGUUUGGCGACCCAGGGGACCUACGCGAGGCUGUGCGCUACAUGCGCUACAGGCAGCCCGUGAGCCGGCUGUACGCGGUGAGCGAGAGCACGGGGUCCGGCCUCCUCCUAUCCUACCUGGGAGAGUGUGGUUCAUCCAGCUACGUGACGGCCGCCGCUUGCCUCUCGCCAGUGUUCCGCUGCCAGAGCUGGUUUGAGAAAGGACCCAUCUGGCCCCUACACUGGGCUCUGGUGACUUACCAGAAGAUAUGCCUCAACAGGUACAGGACAGUGCUGGGUGAGACAGUGCACACCGAUGCCCUUUUCUCCAGCUGUUCCAUGCGUGGCCUGGAGGAGGUGUUGUUCUGCCAGCAGCCAGGCCCUAAAGGAGCCCCGGCCCUAGCAGGGGGCACCAGCAGCAGCAGUGGUGGAGCCUGGGAGGCCUACUGGGAACGCAAUGAACCCCUCCGGGACGUAGACGAAGUCGCCAUCCCCGUUCUGAGUGUCUGUGCUCUGGAUGACCCUAUCAGAGGAGACCCCCAGUCUACUCUACCCCUGGAACUCUUCGAGAGCAACCCCCACUUCUUCCUGCUGCUGACCACCAGGGGGGGACACUGUGGCUUUAACACCCAGGAAGGGAGUGCUUUCUCUGGGGGAGGGACCUUUGGAGGGACACCUGGGACUAGCUGGAGCCACCGGGCCCUGCUGGAGUUCUUUAGAGCCACCACGGACUUCAUUGCUGCAGAGGAGAGGGCUAAGCAGGCUGCCAGACGAAGGGGCCUGGGGGGUAGCAGCCAGGGCAAAGUCUUCAGACAUCGUAGUGUCAGUAGCUGUAGGAGAAUGCCUGCAUGCUCACAUAAUAUACACACUAUCUACAACUGGCAGAGGUCUUAUACACGAUGAGCUGGGGUGAUGAUAUUGGAUAUUAUGGAUCAUAAGGGAUUUAUAUUAUGGAUGAUAAAGGAUUUAUAUUAUGAAUGAUAAAGGAUUUAUAUUAUGAAUGAUAAGGUAUUUAUAUUAUGGAUGAUAAGGGAU